AAUUGCACUCAAUCGAAUCUCAUUCUCAAAUCUAAUGUUUUGCUAAACAAAAACUGGAAUACUAAAAUUUGUUUGCAUUUGACAAGAAUUUAAGCAAUAAUUCAAUUACAUUUUAGUUUAGAAUAAUGCCUAAUGACCUUAAUAUUUAUUUUUGUCCAUAAUUCUUUUUACUAGUGUUUAUUGUCAUGGUAUGGAUGUAUGUAAACAAGUGGUUCUCUCUUCGGUGAAGUGAACCUGGACCGCAAAACUAUUUAAAAAUAAAAAAGUAGUGGUCACAAUGGUGUCCUAUUUCAAGAAAUCAUCUGCUGAAUGGUUUAUAGACCAACUGAACGUAGAAAAUGCGAAGUUGUUGGCGUUUGUGUUGGUUAUUGGUUUUAUUGGUUACCACGGCGUUCUUCAUUUAAGAUACGGUCCUGAUUCAUGCACUUGGUUAUUGUCAUCCGGUCGUUACAAAGGUGACCAUGAGUGGCAGCCGUAUGGUUGUAUGUUGCACAGAUACUCCAAAACUGAUGCAAGGCGGUGCCUUCGAUACCUGGCCUUCUGGGGCAAGUACAACAGCUUCGCAUUCAUAGGAGACUCGAGACUGGAGCAACUGUAUGAAUACUUCAUAGGAGUCCUGAAGACCCGGCUAGACCUGGAUUCCUCCUACUCCACAAUGGACCACAGAUCUCCUAAUUAUACCUACCUGGACACGAAGUUGAGGCUGUCUGUCACCUUCAUAUGGAGUAACGACGUGUCGAGGACCAUGGUGGAGCAGUUCAGGAAGUGGCAACGCUCCGACAAACCGCCAUCAGUAAUAGUAGCCACAACAGGUCUCCAACUAUUGAAAACUCGUAACACCACCGACCUAGUUCUGGAAGAAUACAAAAGGAACCUUACGCACUUGGUGCAAGCCAUAGAUUCCCUUGCGGCAAGGAACACGCAUGUCCUAUGGAAGUUGAUUGAAUCUGUGGAAACUAACAAGUUGAAGAAUGACUUUGCGAGGAUAAACAAUGCGGACAUAGAUAAUUAUAACAGAGCGGCCGUUGAGAUUCUGACCCACAGCUCCGCGAAAAUCUGGAGUUCCCCUCGCCUCGUAUCGAGCGGUGCGACAUCUGCCGACGGGCUCAGUUUGAGCGACACGGCGCUCAGGCACUCCGCUCAGAUUCUGCUCAAUAUGUUCUGCAACGAUCAUAUGAAUUUUAACGACGGCUCUUGUUGCGCUCAGCCCGAGCCGUAUACUCAGCUGCAGAUUGUGACGUUCGCGCUUUUUGUUCUAUGCGCAGUGCUUGCCGCACUGAAAUACGCUUGGCAUUGGUCACGGAGCCUCCAAACUCGUUCUAUGGGCUACACUCUGGUCUCGGGAAGCGGGAAUAUUCCCGCGAACCCGGUCCCAACCUCGCCUGUGUCGGCCCUGGCGAAACUGGGAAUGAUUAUGACGUAUUUUUAUCUGUGCGAUAGAACUAAUUUCUUUAUGAAGGAGAAUAAGUAUUAUUCCGAGUGGAGUUUCUGGCUGCCAGUCGGAUAUGUGAUAGCGCUGGGGCUGUUUUUUACGGACGAUUCCAAGUCUAGCAAGGUCCUCCAUCGUCAACAGACGGAUGAAUGGAAAGGCUGGAUGCAACUCGUGAUACUAGUAUACCAAGUUACCGGAGCUAGUAAAAUACUACCCAUAUACAUGCUAGUACGCGCACUAGUAUCGGCGUACCUGUUCCUCACUGGAUACGGCCAUUUCUACUAUACUUGGAAGACGGGCGAUACAGGGCUAGUACGAUAUUUCCGAGUGAUAUUCCGUUUGAAUUUUCUGACGGUAGUGUUGUGCCUAACUAUGAAUAGGCCGUACCAGUUCUACAGUUUUAUACCGCUGGUAUCCUUUUGGUAUACGCUGAUGUUCGUUAUCUUCGCCCUACCGCCACACAUCACCCAAUCAUCAACGCACACACUCGAAUCUAAACCUUAUCAAUACUUAUACAUAGCUCUGAAAGUGAUCGGUCUGUUCACAAUAGUCACCGUGCUGUAUAUGAGCGAGGUGUUCUUCCAGAAGAUCUUCGUGACGAGGCCGUGGAAGGCGCUGUUCGUGAACUCCGACGACGACAUACACCAGUGGUGGCUGCAGUGGAAGCAGGACAGAUACUCCAUGACAUACGGCAUAAUAUUCGCCGCCGCCUACCUCCUCGCCCAGCGGUACAAUUUCCUCGACGACAAUAACCACAGCAAUUUGUUCACGCCAGGAGUAUCCCUCAGCGCCACCCUGCUCGCCUUCAUAGGGAUAGGCAGCUACGUAACCUUCACGUUUCUAUGCAAGAACAUAUUCGAUUGCAACGAAAUACACAGCUACGUCGCGUUUCUGCCUAUCGUCAGUUAUAUCAUACUCAGAAACGUAUCAGGCGCUUUGAGAAUGAGACACUCUACAAUGUUCUCGUGGUUUGGUACUAUAACAUUGGAAUUGUUCGCGAGCCAGUCUCAUAUAUGGUUGGCUGCGGACACCCACGGCGUUCUCGUGUUGAUACCCAGCGCUCCGAUACUGAAUUUGAUAUUGACAUCGUAUAUAUUCAUAUGCGCUGCGCAUGAGAUUCAUAAAUUGACAGGUGUUAUAUUACCGUACGCUGUGCCGGACGAUUGGCGUUUAGUGUUGAGGAAUUUCGCAAUUUUUCUUGCGGUUCUAGUACCUAUUGGGAUACACGAUGGUAUGUUUUAAAGAUUUAUAUAAGUACAUAUUGUCACGUCUAUAUCACUUGCGGGGUAGACGGAGUUAAAAGUCUUAAAAAGACUGAUAGGCCACGUUGUUGUUUGGUUUAAUGAUAGAAUUGAGAUUCAAAUAGUGACAGGUUGCUAGCCUGUCGCCUAAAAGAAGAAUCCCAAGUUUAUAAGCAUAUCCCUUAGUUCCUUAGUAGUAGUUAAAGAUUUUUAUGGCAUAAAUACAUAUGUUUAAUAUAAAAAAGAGUUUUUAAACGUUGUACAAAUCUCGACAAAAUACUAACUUGGCCUUCCAGUCUUUUCGAGACUGUUGGCUCUGUCUACCCCGUAAGGGAUAU